ACAAACCAACGAACUCAAAGAUCCAAUCAAAUCUAAACAGACAAAUAUUCUUCAGGUUUUCUUGAGACAUGGCUUGCAACAACAACAACAAGAACAACAUUGUCGUUGUGUUCGACUUCGACAAGACCAUCAUCGACGUUGAUAGCGAUAAUUGGGUUAUCGAUGAACUUGGCUUCACUGAUUUGUUCAAUCAACUUCUCCCCACCAUGCCUUGGAACACAGUCAUGGAUUGUAUGAUGAAAGAGCUUCAUGAUCAGGGAAAAACAAUUGAAGAGAUCAAACAAGCCCUAAGAACAAUCCCUAUCCAUCCACGGAUCGUCCCUGCCAUCAAAGCUGCACAUGCUUUAGGGUGUGAGCUGAGGAUAGUGAGCGAUGCAAACAUGUUCUUCAUCGAGACCAUGGUUGAGCAUCUGGGGAUUAGUGAACUCUUUUCUGAGAUCAACUCGAACCCAGGAUUUGUCGAUGAGAAAGACACCUUGAGAAUUUCUCCUUACCAUGAUUUUACUAACUCCUCUCAUGGUUGCACUCAUGGCAGUUGCCCUCUUAACAUGUGCAAGGGCUUGGUCAUUGAGAGGAUUCAAGAAUCUCUAGCUAAGGAAGGGAAGAAGAUGAUUUAUUUAGGAGAUGGAGCCGGUGACUACUGUCCUAGCCUAAAACUAAAAGCUGAAGAUUACGUGAUGCCGCGUAAGAAUUUCCCGGUUUGGGAUCUGAUUAGUCAAAAUCCGUUGCUGGUUAAAGCAACGAUUAGAGAAUGGACCGAUGGUGAAAGCUUGGAGAAGAUAUUAAUGGGAACCAUAGAGGAGAUUAUCCUGGAGGAAGAGAAAGAGAAGAACAUGCUAAGUACUAGUGCGGAGAAUUCUUGCAAGAUUCAGACAAUCUCUGUCGGGAUUAAUGUUCAUCAUGAGCCAAUAAUGCCUCGUGCUCUUCGAGUUUCUCAGUCUGGUUAGAUGGUUUUUAUAUAAUGUAGGAAGAAGAAGAAUAUUAUAUGUGGUCAUAUGGUGACUUUCCUCUUCUCCUAGUACUCCAAACAUAUUGGACUUUAUCCCAAGUACGAUGUGCGGUGAAGUUGUAUGAAUCUAUGAUUGUAAUUUUUGUUUUUCAAGUACCUAUCUGGUUGAAAUAUAUUUUGAAUUAA